UCCUAGAUCAGCAAAACAUUCUUGAUUAGCUAGCUAGCCACUUAAUUAAUUGGUUGUUAACUGUGCUGUGUGGCCAUGGCGAUCACCAAGUGCUGUGUAUUGCUGCUUGUUCCGUUGGUCGCCGUGCUCGUAGCGGCUGAUCAGCUCCGCGUCGACUACUACAGCGAGACGUGCCCGAACGUCGAGGCGAUCGUCCGCGAGGAGAUGGAGAGGAUCAUCGCCGCCGCGCCCAGCCUCGCCGGUCCGCUGCUUCGCCUCCAUUUCCAUGACUGCUUCGUCAGGGGUUGCGACGCGUCUGUGCUGCUGAGCUCCGCCGGCGGCAACACGGCGGAGCGGGACGCGAAGCCGAACAAGAGCCUCCGGGGAUUCGGCUCCGUGGAGCGGGUGAAGGCGAGGCUGGAGACGGCGUGCCCGGGCACCGUCUCCUGCGCCGACGUGCUCGCGCUCAUGGCGCGCGACGCCGUCGUUCUGGCCAGGGGCCCGUCCUGGCCGGUCACCCUCGGCAGGAGGGACGGCAGGGCGUCCAGCGCCGGCGAGGCCGCCGCCAGCCUGCCCCCGGCGGACGGCGACAUCCCGACGCUCGCCAGGGUCUUCGCCUCCAACGGCCUCGACCUCAAGGACCUCGCCGUGCUCUCCGGCGCGCACACCCUCGGCACGGCGCACUGCCCGUCCUACGCCGGCCGGCUCUACAACUUCACCGGCAAGGGCGACGCCGACCCGUCGCUGGACGGCGAGUACGCCGGCAAGCUGAGGACGAGGUGCAGGAGCCUCACCGACGACGGCAUGCCGUCGGAGAUGGACCCCGGCAGCUACAAGACGUUCGACACCAGCUACUACCGCCAUGUCGCCAAGCGGAGGGGGCUCUUCUCCUCCGACGCCUCGCUCCUCACCGACGCCACCACCAGGGGCUACGUGCAGCGUAUCGCCACCGGCAAGUUCGACGACGAGUUCUUCAGGGACUUCGGCGAGUCCAUGACCAAGAUGGGCAACGUCGCCGUGCUCACCGGAGCCGACGGCGAGAUCAGGAAGAAGUGCUACGUCAUCAACUAAUUAACACUAGCUAAGCUAAAGCUUAAUUAAUUAGCUGCACUAGAUCAGAUGCAUGAUGCAUGCGGUAUGCCCGGCUGUUGUUUAUUAAUCAUUGUAUUAUAUUAUUUAUUAUUGUUCAGUAAA